AUGUUAUUUUGGGUUACAGUUGGAUCAUGUGUUGGAUCCACUCGCUUCAGUUUUCCCGCAACUGCAAGUGUCUUCUGCGGCUGGAGCCAGAGCCCGCGCCCGGACAGCGCCAUCCAGCGGCGAGGAGGGAGAGGCCACUGCCCGGACAGCGCCAUCCAGCGGCGAGGAGGGAGAGGCCACUGCAAGAAAAAUCUCAUUAUUUUAACACGGAGGUGUGGGAUGGAGGGUUCAAAGUCAUCGACAAUGCAUGUCAGCUUCGUUUGUCAGCGGUGCUGCCAGCCGCUCAAACUGGACACGUCCUUCAAUGUCUUGGACCGGGUCACUAUUCAAGAACUGAUUGCUCCUUUGGUUACAGUGACCCCGAGCAAACAGGCAGACAGCAGUGAAGGAGAGACAGCACCAGAGGAAACAUUUGUAGAGACCAAACAAGACGGUGUCUCUAGAAAGUACAUCCCUCCAGCUCGCAUGAUGUCCACGGAGAGCGCCAACAGCUUCACUCUGAUUGGAGAUGCUUCUGACGGAGGAACCAUGGAAAAUCUCAGCCGUCGACUCAAAGUGACUGGAGAUCUGUUCGACAUCAUGUCUGGUCAAACUGACGUAGACCAUCCACUGUGUGAAGAAUGUACUGACACCUUGUUGGACCACUUAGACACACAGCUGAACAUUACAGAGAACGAAUGCCAAAAUUAUAAGCAGUGUCUGGAGCUGCUGUCACAGCUGGAGGUGGAACAAGAGGAAACAUUAUUAGCAGAGUUACAGCAGCUGAAGGAGGAAGAGGACUCUCUGAUCCAGGAGCUGGAGGCUGUGGAGGAGCAGAGAGCGGCUGUGGCCCAGGACCUGGCUCAGAGCAGAGUGGACUCUCAGCAGCUGGACACGGAGGAGCUGCAGUAUCAAAAAGAAUACAGUGAGUUUAAACGACAACAACUGGAGCUCGACGAUGAAUUAAAAAGUGUGGACAAUCAGAUGCGAUAUUGUCAGAUCCAGUUGGACCGGCUGAAAAAGACCAACGUGUUCAAUGCCACGUUUCACAUUUGGCACAGUGGUCAGUUUGGGACCAUCAAUAAUUUCCGGCUGGGUAGACUCCCCAGUGUCCCUGUGGAGUGGAACGAGAUCAACGCAGCCUGGGGCCAAACCGUGUUACUGCUCCACGCUCUGGCCAACAAAAUGGGGUUACGCUUUCAGAGGUAUCGCCUUGUGCCGUAUGGAAAUCACUCGUACCUGGAGUCACUAACAGAUAAGUCAAAGGAGCUGCCGUUGUACUGCUCCGGCGGCCUGAGGUUUUUCUGGGACAAUAAGUUUGAUCAUGCCAUGGUGGCCUUCUUGGAUUGUGUGCAGCAGUUUAAAGAGGAGGUGGAGAAAGGGGACACAGGGUUCUGCCUCCCGUACAGAAUGGACGUGGACAAAGGAAAGAUCGAAGACACUGGAGGCAGCGGCGGCUCUUACUCCAUCAAGACUCAGUUCAACUCUGAAGAGCAGUGGACGAAGGCUCUGAAGUUCAUGCUCACGAACCUGAAGUGGGGCCUGGCCUGGGUCACCUCACAGUUUUAUAAUCGAUAA